AUGGGGCCUACAACUGGGGCUGCUGAGAGCGAAGUGCCGCUGCAGGGGUUGCGUGUUGCUGGCGAUGGACACCAGGAGACCGGCAAGGAGCCAGAACCUCGCUGUAACUGCACAGUCACCCUCACAGUCACCCUCGCAGUUGUGUUCUUGGGUCUCAUCAUCGCUGUUAUUGUCCUGGCAGUGUUGCUGUUUAGGUGUCCUCCAGCUGCCCUGGGCCCCUGCUGCCCAGACGGCUGGGUUGGGUACGGAGGGAAAUGCUACUAUUUCUCUGAGGCCGAAGAGAACUGGAACAACAGCCAGAGCAACUGCUCCUCCCUCGGUGCCUCCCUGGCUGCGAUCGACACCCUGCAGGACCUGGAUUUCCUGCUGCGCUAUAAAGGCAAACUCCACCACUGGAUCGGCCUCCGGAGGGAGCAGGAGCUGGGCCAGCCCUGGAAAUGGGUCAACGGCACCGAAUUCAACAACCUGUUUCCGAUAACAGCAGAUGGUGACUGCGCGUAUCUGAAUGACGAGAAUAGGGUCAGCAGCUUGCGAUGCACCAGCAAGAGACACUGGAUCUGCAGCAAACCUGAUGCGUUUACAAAGGCGAAGGAGGCUGCAGUGGAAGGGGGCUCAUAACAAGAGUAUUAUAAAAAAUUAGCCCUGGAACUGGGGUUAAAUUUCCUGUUCACUCACUACCUGGAGUCCAGUGGGUUGGAAGGGGCAGGGAGUUAGUAGGUGUGACAUUGACAGACCAGGUACCAGCUCAUGCCAAAGUUCCCGUGUCUCAAUGGAACCUGAGAAAUCCCCAGCUGGGGUCAGGCUGGCUCACCUGUGUGUUAAAAUAGGUAUUAGCAUUAUAAGCAUGUGCUUAGACUUUAGUGAAUGCUUGUGAGCUGCUGCAGCAUUAAUCCUGCUUCUGACAGUCGCAUCCCAAAUCGUAAGGUGAUAUUGGAGCAUUUGUGUUGGGAGCCUCUUGUUGAGAUGAGUUCCUGUCUGCAUCCUGUAAA